AUGACAUUGGAAGGGUCUGAGGUUUACAGCGACACUGACCAUUCAGAUCAGAGAGCCCAGAUUGAAGUCAUACCUUCUGCCUCUGCCCCGAUUAACAAAGCCCUCAAGGAACCAUCAAGAGACAGACGGAAGCAGAAAAACAUUAAGCACAGUGGAAAUGUCACUUUUGAUGAGACUGUCAACAUUGUCUGUCAGAUGUGGUGCCGAUCUUUAGCCGGAGAACUCUCUGGAAGCUUUAAAGACAUUCUGAGGACUGCCCAGUCUGUGGGCUGCAAUGUUGAUGGGUGCUGCCCUCAUGACCUCACAGAUGACAUCAAAGGUGGUGCAGUGGCAUGCCCAGCUAGUUCAGAACGACAAAGGAGAAUCUUUCAAUAA